CGGGUGGUGAACAUGGCACUGGCUCGCGCACUGUCCGAGCCUCCAGAUUUUAAACACUACUGAUAACACAUACACGCGCGCGCACAAGGGAGACACAAGUGUCACCCACUAUUGCGCGAGAGCAAAUCCGUGUGGAUUACAGGACAACGAGCCAAAUUAACUUUUUUUUACGUGCACAAUACAUCCCACAGCGAGACUGAGAGGGACAUUUCAGUCAUGGAGACACUGUCCAGGACAGGGGCAGAGGACCAGAGCUCAGUCGGAGACCCACCUCUCCCAGUGGACAUUGCAGCGGUGGACUCAGUGGGUCCGUGGGGAAGCUCUAGCGUGAGGAAACACCAGCACAAACACAACCUGAAACACCGCUACGAGUUGCUCGAGACGCUGGGCAGAGGCACGUACGGCAAAGUGAAGAAGGCUGUAGAGAGACACACCGGGCGCGUGGUUGCGAUCAAGUCCAUCCGUAAGGAGAAGAUCAAAGAUGAACAGGACAUGGUUCACAUCCGCAGGGAGAUCGAGAUCAUGUCUUCCUUACGCCAUCCGCACAUUAUUUCUAUAUAUGAAGUGUUCGAGAAUAAGGACAAGAUUGUCAUCGUGAUGGAGUACGCCAGCAAAGGGGAGCUGUACGACUACAUCAGCGAGAGGCGUAAGCUCAGCGAGAGAGAGACGAGACACUUCUUCAGGCAGAUUGUCUCGGCUGUACAUCACUGUCACAAGAAAGGAGUGGUGCACCGGGAUCUAAAACUGGAAAAUGUGCUGCUAGAUGACAAUUACAAUAUAAAGAUUGCAGAUUUUGGCUUGUCCAAUCUUUACCACAAAGACAAGCUCCUGCAGACGUUCUGUGGCAGUCCUCUCUAUGCAUCACCUGAAAUUGUAAACGGAAGGCCAUAUCGAGGCCCAGAGGUGGACAGCUGGGCUCUUGGUGUGUUGCUUUACACUCUGGUGUACGGCACAAUGCCUUUUGAUGGGGGAGAUCACAAAAGGCUCAUACGCCAAAUCAGCAAAGGGGAGUACAGGGAACCCCCUCAGUCAUCAGAUGCUCGUGGCCUGAUUCGGUGGAUGCUGAUGGUAAACCCAGAUCGCCGGGCCACUGUAGAGGACAUCGCUAACCACUGGUGGGUGAACUGGGGCUGGAAGACCAGUGUGUGUGACUGCCAGACUCAGCGAGAAAACAGCUCACCCAUGCUGGCUCGCUUUAUUGACUGGCAGAGUCGCACCGAGAGCCAGCCAAGCAAACUGGCUUGCCCCGAUUCAAGUGUCAAUGCCAGUGGAACCAUUUCAACCCGUCGACUCAGGAGGUCCUCAAAGGAAAACGAGGGUGGCAUUAGGGCCGUUCUAGAGGAGAAACCGGCCGUGAAGAGGCCCAAAAGUAUCCUAAAAACCCGGGCAAGCAGCGGAGAUCAGCGAUCCCAAAGCUUGUGCGAGGCAGAGUUGCGGCGCUCCAUCUGCUACAGGGAUGUUGAGCCCGCCUCGAGUCCUGAGAGAGAAGAAGCAGCACGUGGCUCGCCAGCCAAAAUGAUGCCUUCACUUCCCAUGAAAGGCAUCCUGAAAAACAACCAUCAGCGUGAGUCUGGCUAUUAUUCCUCUCCAGAGCGAAGUGAGUCCUCCGAGCUGCUAGGGAGCACCGUGGCUCCACCUCCCAAUGGCUCACCACCUAAAAGGGUGCCCGGGCGGAAGGGCAUAUUGAAGAGGAAUGGAAAAUACUCAUCUCACACGGCAACUGCGUUGGACUCGAACCUACCACAGAGUCAGAAUCAUGCCUCGGCCACUGUCAGGGAGGAGAUGGGCAUCCCAAAAAUGGCAGUGGAUUGGCCACCCGCUUCACCGAAACCCAACAUCAGGGGCAGCCUCUCAGCCGAGGAUCUACUGCAGAUGGCAGGAUUUAGGGGACUGCAAACAGCUGUGCCCCUCCAUGGCUCCAAGAACACCCGCAGCCCCCCGGGAUCUCCUGGAGACAAUGGCAGCUUCUCCCUACUGGGUGAUCUGGAUGAUGUGACUCAAGUGUAUCAGCAGGCCCUGAACAUCAGCAACCAGCUCAGUUAGAAAGGGAGUGAGAAGGAGAGCACAGAAAGGCUACGGCAAAGAAACUGGAUCAGUCAGGAAUAAUCAAUCAUGCAUUCGAUCAUUGACCUUGAACUGCGUUAUGUUUACAUGCUACAAGAAAAGGAAAGCUGUGGAGCUUAACAUGUCAUCAUGUUGUUGGUUCUCACUUUUCAAACAGUGAUCCAGGAAGAAUGAGGCAAGCACCUUAUUGACACAUUGUCCUCCACAUCACAAACCUGACUGCUUACUACUGACGUACAGCACAGUAUAAAAAAAAAAAAAGUACACCGUUAAGAAUAUUAAAGUUAUUUAUUUAUAAAUAUUUUGGGCAUAUGAAUCUGCAUGGCCACAAAAAAAGUCAUUAUUGUUUAUACAGUAAACUGCAAGACUGUCGAUGCUACGUCGGCUGGACUUCACAGAAGGCACAUAUUCGGGUCAGAGGUCACAAAGCACUCAUGGUGACUCUCUUGUACACACUGCUGGUAGUAGUCUGAGCCAUUUAAUCAUGUGGCGUGACACGGUGGUGGUGCUGGGUGUAACCUGCAGAGAAAAUCCAGUGCAGGAACACCCUGCACUUCAACAGCAGCCACUAUUGAAAAGAGAGGAAUAGGCUAGACUAUUCCUGUUUAAUAUCAGCGUGUCAAAAUGAACUUCGUUCCAAACGUGACAGGUCAUGAAAACAAACUUUGACAAAAUGUACAAUAAAUGCCUUGUGAACAAAUAAUAUAAGAAUAAGGUCAGAAUCAAGACUGUACAGUUAGACCGAACUAAACAAUAGAUGCUUUUUUGAGUAUUGUGAAAGUGCAGCGUUUUUCUUUCUGUUUUUAUCAGACAAUGGAAUACUACCUUUAACUGGAUCGACAGUGCUAAAUGUUAUACUAUGUUAGUAUUUUUGUUUUGUUUUUCUUACAUUGAUACAGUUUUGAUUUCAGGUUUGAUUAUGCAUAUGGGUGAGUGUGUGUGUUGGCUUCAUUUCGAGGCGGUGGAAUUUUAACAACUAGCCACACUUUAAGACAACUGUGCUUUAUAUGCUGCAGGCUGCGAAAAGGAGUGUGUGAUCUGGUUAUAUAGUAAAAACAAAGCGGGGAGAGAAAAAUAAUAAAACAAAAACAGUGAUGCUAUGCUUCUAUAACUGGAAAAAAAAAUAAAAGGUUAGCACCUAUUUAUCACUUAGGGUCAUUUUCGUAUUGCAUUAAUUAACUGGAUAUGGUGUAUUUAUAUGUAUUUAAAUGUACUGUUAUUUAAUCUUUCAUGUAUUAUAUUAUUGUACAUUAUUCCCAUUGACCAUUGUUUUGGCAAAAUGUAUUUGUUAGCAUUGACAUUAGAAAUGUCUUGUUUGUGUGCCUUCAUUGACCAGAAGAUUGUUGUUGUAAUAAUUAUCCACAUUUUGAAUAUGGUUCAAUUUACAGUAUUAAAAAAUAAGCCGUUUGUUUAGGUAUCUGUGACACACACUGUCCGUGGAAAUAAAUGGUGUAUUAAGGGUAAUAAGGUCCAUGCUUGGUCCACAACACUUCGGCUACUUCUAAUAAAGGUCUGUGCUGUAGAAUGA